UCCUUCACCGUCAAAGGGAAGAAGAACUCUAAACAAAAAAAACUCUUGAGAGAUGGUGAAGCCUGAGAGGAAAGCAAACGUCUCCGGGAAACCAAAACACUCCCUCGACGCGAACCGUGCCGAUGGAAAAAAGAAAACCACGGAGGGGCGUACCUCCGCCACAGUCCGCCGUCUCAAGAUGUACAAGACCCGUCCCAAGAGAACCCCAGGCGGUAAAAUCCUCAGCAACGAGUAUCAGUCCAAGGAGCUGCCCAACACGCGGAUCCAACCCGAUCGGAGAUGGUUCGGGAACACGCGCGUUGUGAAUCAGAAGGAGCUCGAGUACUUUAGGGAAGAGAUGAAGACUAAGAUGUCGAGUAACUAUAAUGUGAUUCUCAAGGAGAGGAAGUUACCUAUGUCUCUUUUGACUGAUAACAAGAAGCAAACGAGAGUUCAUUUGCUUGAUAUGGAGCCGUUUCAAAACACUUUUGGUAAGAAGACAACGAGGAAGAGGCCAAAGCUUGUAGCUUCUGAUUAUGAAGCCUUGGUGAAGAAGGCUGCCGAGUCUCAAGAUGCGUUCGAGGAGUUGAAUGGGGCAGGUCCGUCUGGGGAAGGAGGAGAGGAAGAAGAUGGGUUUAGAGACCUUGUGAGGCAUACUAUGUUUGAGAAGGGACAGAGUAAGCGUAUUUGGGGCGAGCUUUACAAAGUCAUUGACUCCUCUGAUGUAGUUGUCCAGGUUCUAGAUGCUAGGGAUCCGCAAGGUACUAGGUGUCAUCAUUUAGAGAAAACCCUGAAGGAGCAUCACAAGCAUAAACACAUGAUUCUGUUGUUGAAUAAGUGUGAUCUUGUACCGGCUUGGGCUACAAAAGGAUGGUUAAGGAUAUUAUCAAAGGAAUAUCCAACUCUUGCAUUCCAUGCAAGCGUUAACAAGUCAUUUGGAAAGGGGUCACUUCUCUCGGUUUUGAGGCAGUUUGCUCGUCUAAAGAGUGACAAGCAAGCCGUGUCUGUAGGUUUUGUCGGGUACCCAAAUGUUGGGAAAUCAUCAGUUAUCAACACACUGCGUACCAAAAAUGUCUGCAAGGUUGCGCCAAUUCCAGGGGAGACCAAGGUUUGGCAGUACAUCACACUCACCAAGAGGAUUUUCUUGAUUGAUUGUCCUGGAGUUGUAUACCAGAGCCAUGACUCUGAGACAGACAUCGUCCUUAAAGGAGUGGUGAGAGUUACAAACUUGGAGGAUGCAUCUGAGCACAUUGGCGAAGUCCUGAGGCGUGUCAAGAAGGAGCACUUGCAGAGAGCCUAUAAAAUCAAAGACUGGGAGGAUGAUCAUGACUUUCUUCUUCAGCUAUGCAAAGCUUCUGGUAAACUAUUAAAGGGUGGAGAGCCUGAUUUGAUGACAGGAGCAAAGAUGAUACUCCAUGACUGGCAAAGAGGUCGCAUACCUUUCUUUGUCCCACCUCCUAAGGGUGAGGAAAAGGCUUCAGAAGGAGAAGGUGAAGCAGAAGUCACAGUGCCAGGUAUAGAUCAGGAAGCCAUUGCUGAUAACAACCAAGCAGCUGCUGCGUUGAAAGUCAUUGCUGGCAUCAUGUCUUCCCAACAACAGAAGGAUGUUCCUGUCCAAAGGGAUUUCUUCGACGAGAAAGAUCUCAAGGAUGGUGAUAAGGGAAAGGAGACGACUGAUAUAGACGAGGAAGAUGGAACCGAUGAGGAUGCGGACUCCGAAGAUGGAACCGAUGAGGAUGCGGACUCCGAAGAUGGAGAGGAAAGUGAGAAUGAUUCUGAUGAGGAUGUUGUGUCAGAAAAUGAAGAAGAGAACGAGUCGGAUUCUGCUGAGUAAUUUAUGCUACACUUCAAAGUUUUUUUUAAAUGUUAUCUGUAGCCUUCUCCUAACUCAAAACAAGAAUCUUUAUCAAUUACAAAACGAUAUUUUAUUUAUUAA